CGCUGCACCGCCCGGACCGGCCGCCCUGCGCGCGUCUCACGGGCUCGGCCCACCCGCGCACCGCGUCGCCAAGCAACCGCGGCCCCUCGCAGGAGAGCCCCAGCGCUGACGCGCUGCGAACCCCGGCCAUCGAUCCCCCCUGCGUUGGCAGUCCCUUGAUUCGCUUACGGCCCCCGCGGUGCACCCCUCCUGGGCUGCGGGGCGAGCGCGUCCACCCCUUCUGCAUUAGCAUUUUCUGCAGCGGUUGCAACGUUACCAAACCUUCAAGAAAUAACAGUAACAGAAACUCCCCCUCCUUUUUAAAAUUUAACAAAAUUUUGAAUAAACGACGAUUUCAAUUUUUUUAUCUAUUUUUCUUUUUGUGGCUGAUGGAAUUUCCAAAUUCGAAUCUUCCGCCAGACGGAUAUGUGUUUGUUGGCACCACUGGUUGAAUUGCGAUUUUAGCGCAACUUGUGGAGGCGGGUAUAACUAACACUUCCGUAUUUGCUUGUUUGGUUAUGUUGUGGCUAGUAUGAAAUACACCGUGCUGUAAAAUGAUAUAAACUUUAAGAUUGGUAUUUCAACGUGUUUGUUGAGAAUCUCUAAGGCAUUUGCCUACAGUAUACGCUGAAAGAAUAUUUCGAACCAUCAUUUCCUUGAAGCUUGAUGAAAUACAAAAUGUGUCCUUACGAAACCAUUAGAUCAGAAUUUUCUGAUGCUGUCAAACAUGCAUAUGAAAGCAAGAACAUUGAUAUUUUGCAGAAGCGAUACGACAUAAUUAAAGCAGGUGAUACUGAUAAACGUACAGUUUUGGAUCAAGUGACAAGAGAUUGUUUAUUGCAACUUCUGGCACAAGGAUCAGAGGAUGUUCAAAAUUGGGAAUCGUUUGUUAACUUCUGUAUCCUGGCAUGCCGGAAGGAUAUGUGUACUCCAACAAUGCCAGUAGUACUUUUAGGUGAUGUUUUUGAUGCAUUAACAUUGGAUAAGUGUGAAAAAUUGUUCGAAUUUGUUGAAAAAGGGGUCAAUGUUUGGAAGGAAGAUCUAUUUUUCAGUGCCUGCAAGAACAAUUUACUGCGAAUGUGUAAUGGCCUUAAUAUUGUAAGUGAAUUCAACUUGGACAAUUUAACUGAGUUCGGCAAUGACACUGGAUCUCCUUUAAAAGAUAUCAUAACAGAUGCAGAAACUGAUGCAGUUGAAGAAGAUGUCCAACCAGAUACAAAAUUCAAGAUCGAUUACAAUCUUUAUUGUAAAUUCUGGGCUUUGCAGGAUUUCUUUCGUAAUCCUAAUCAGUGCUAUAACAAAGUGAACUGGAAAACAUUUUCCACACAUGCUGUAAAUGUUCUUCUGGCAUUCAGCUCUUUCAAAUUGGAAGAUGUGCAGGGCAAGCAACUUGCUCCACCUCCUGCUUCAUCUACCAGCUCUGGUGGAACAGCGUCCCGCCCACAUUACUUCGCCAAGUUUCUGACCAAUCAGAAGCUGUUGGAACUGCAGUUAUCAGAUUCCAAUUUCCGCCGUUAUGUGCUUUUGCAGUUUUUGAUUGUGUUUCAAUACUUGCACAGUCCAGCGGAGUGGGUGCGCGACACCACGCAGCUGGUGUACAAGCUGCUGGCCGAGACGCCGCCCGACGGCCCGGCCUUCGUGCGCGCCGUGCAGCACAUCCUCAAGCGUGAGGAGCACUGGAACGCAUGGAAGAACGACGGCUGCCCCGAGUUCACGCAGCCGGCGCCCCGCAGCCCGGGCGGCGCGGGCGACGCGGAGGGUUCGGGCGGGGCGACGGCGGCGGCGGCAGGCGGCCAGUUCGGGGGUCGCGUCGCCGCGGGCUGCGCGGGUGCGGGCGAGCCGGCGCGCCGGCGGGCGACGAGGCCGCGCCGCGCGCGGCGGGCGCGGGCGCGGGCGGGCCUUGCGCAGCCGACGGCAGCCGGCCGCCCUGGCCCGGCGACCGCCGCCGCCCGGCCGCGCCGCGCCCGCAAGCGCCUUGGCGAGCUGAUGCGCGAGGCCGCCGCCCACAAGCGCUUCAACAUGGGCAACCCCGAGCUGACGCGCCUCUGGAACCUCUGCCCCAACAACCUGGAGGCGUGCAAGAGCCGCGAGCGCGACUUCCUGCCCUCGCUCGAGGCCUACUUCGAGGAGGCCAUCGAGCAGACCGACCCGGCCGCGCUCGUCGAGGAGCAGUACAAGCGGGUGAACGACGGCAACUUCGGCUGGCGCGCGCUGCGACUGCUGGCCCGGCGUAGCCCGCACUUCUUCACGCACAGCAACAACCCCAUCAACAAGCUGCCCGAGUACCUGGAGAACAUGAUCAAGAAGAUCUCCAAGGACCGACCGAGCCUGCAGAGCGGCCUGGACGACGCGGGGCGCGCGGACGGCGACUCGGAGAUGCAGACGGCCGUCAAGGAGGAGGAGGAAGAGGAGCUGCUCAAGGGCGGGGGCGGCGGCGUGGGCGUGGGCGGCGUGGGCGCGGACGACGACGUCGACGCGGACGACGCCGGCGGCGGCGACGGGAGAACGCGACGCGGCAGCAGCGGCGCGGCGCGCCUGCGGCGCGGGCGCCGCGCCAGCAGCGCGGACGGCGACGUUCGAAGGCGAGGGCGGUGCGUGCGGCGGGCGGAGGCGACGCCGAAUCCGGGCGACCCGCCCUCGCUCAGCCCCCGGCGCCUCGCCGCCUGCGCCGCCGCCGCCGCCCCCAUCUGGCGCCGCCUCGCCGCUAAGCUGGGCUACAGCCCCGACGAGAUCCUGUACUUCGAGGGCGAGAGGUCGGACGACACGGAGCGCUGCCGCCUGAUACUGGAGCUGUGGGCGGAGGACGAGGACGACUCUGCGGCGGCGCAGCUGGCCUACGUGCUGGAAGGGCUGGGGGCGGACGCGGCGGCGAGCGCUCUACACGACUAGGCCGCCCCCGCUCCCGCCGCGCCCACGCCGCACGCCCGCGGCUACGUGCCGACUUCGCAAGUGCGACCCGGCGGCGGCGGCGGUGGUCGCGGUGUCGAUGGGGGCGGUGAUGCGGUCGCUGAGAAGUAAAAGGCGGGCGGCCUACGACCAAGGAAGGGGACCCACCGCUUCUACACGACGCCUACACCGCGCAGGCGAUCUGUAACCUGCAGUCGGCUCCCGGUUAAAUCUGGAGUUCCGUUUAUUUUUAUUUUUUUACUUGUUCAAAUGUUCGUUUCUACACCUUCGGUUUUUUCUUCCGCCCGGAUCAUCCCGUGUAACACGGAUACUUUCCGUGCCAUAUGUAGUGGUGCAGAGCAUCUGCCCGAGAGAACCUUUAAACAACUUUCAUCCUCUUUUGUUCGUAAUCAUAUUGGGCGCGCUCGCUCCAGUCGACUUGCUUCGUCCCAAGAUCAACAGAUGGGCGCUCUCUGAAGGAGGGGAUGAGGAGGGAGGGAAGCGGCCGGCGCCGCGGGACGCUCGUCGCCCCCGGCGGGGCGGGGUCGCGCCCCCUCGACU